AUCCACGUGCGUUUCGUUGAGUGUCGUUACUUCUGGUACACUCUAGUGUCGUGUAGCGUUGUGCGAUCUCCUGCGGAAUGGGUCGAUCGCGCCGUAAAUACGAUGCCAAAGCAAGAGGCUCGCAAUGUAAAGCGUCCACGGGCAACGACAAACCAGGGGAGGUCGAAGUGCGACUAGACGUUAGGGAGGACAAGUACGACAGCAGCAAUGCCUUAGUACUGCCUUCCAAGAAAGCUGGCAAGAAAGAAGCCAACAAAUCACAAGACGUCAAGGCGGCCCCGAAGCUGUCCAAGAAGAAGAAGAAACUGCUCCAGAAGAUAUUGGAAAAGAAGAGCAAAAAGAUCAACAGGGCUCACCUUCUAGAAGAACUUCAGAAAUCACAGGCCAGCCAGAAGGAGCUUUCUAUGCUGAUUUCCACGUCCGCCAUGCAGACCAAAGGUCUGAAACGCCUAAGCGAGCUCACAACAGCGCCUCAGUUGGACGAGAAGAAGGGGCCAACACGAAUAAGCAGCGUCAAAGGAAGCAGGCGAAUGGAACCCAAGAGAGCCCGCAUCGACAGGGACGAUGUCUUGGGUUUCAAUUCGGAAUCAUCCGAAUCUGAAGAUGAUGCGACGGAUGACGACGAGCAGUCCACUGGCGAGGAGGGGUCUGGUGGUGGCAAGAAUGAUUCGGAAGGGAAGGAAGACGGAGAAGAGAGCAGUGACAAUGUGAAAAGUGAUGGCGUGGCAGAAGGUGCAGCCAAUGUGGGCAUAAAAAAUGCUGACACUGACGCAGCGACACCAGCGGAAAGCAAACAGCAGCCUCAAGUGAAACCUGUUCAAUGUUCCAAGCCAUCAGUUUUUAUGCCUGUUCACAGGACUGAAGAGGUCCAAAAAGCUCGCCACAAGCUUCCAAUCCUGGCGGAAGAACAAAGAAUAAUGGAAGCCAUAGCUCAAAAUGACAUUGUGGUGAUUUGUGGCCAGACUGGCUCGGGCAAGACAACACAGGUUCCCCAGUUUCUUUACGAGGCUGGAUACGCCAGGGAAAAAAUUGUGGGUAUUACCGAGCCCAGACGUGUGGCCGCCGUGUCCAUGUCAAAGCGAGUUGCCGAGGAGAUGAGCCUUUCGUCGUCCGAGGUCUCGUAUCAAAUCCGUUUCGAAGGCAAUGUCACUCGCGACACCAUCAAAUUUAUGACCGACGGCGUCCUCCUGAAAGAGAUUCAAAACAACUUUCUCCUGACUGGCUACUCCGCGAUAAUAAUCGACGAGGCUCACGAACGGAGCAUCUACUCUGACAUCCUGAUUGGCCUCCUGUCGAGAAUCGUGCCGCUGCGAAGGCGGAAAGCAAUCCCUCUCAAGCUCAUCAUCAUGUCGGCAACACUCAGGGUGGAGGACUUCACGCAAAACACACACCUCUUCAAAAUGCCACCACCUGUCAUCCACGUCGACUCUAGGCAACACCCCGUGACCGUUCACUUCAACAAGCGGACACCUGAUGACUACAUGCACGAAGCGUACCGCAAGGUGUGCAAGAUACACCAGCAGUUGCCUGAAGGAGGCAUCCUAGUCUUCGUCACAGGACAGCAAGAGGUCCUGACGUUGUGCCGCAAGCUGAAGAAACGGUUUCCCGAAAAUUCUGGUCAUCACAGUCAAGACCAGAAUGAUCAAAAGCAAGGUUCUAGUAAAAGCAAGGAUGACAAUGGCGGCAAGGCUCCUCAAACAGCUGAGGCGAAGACAAAGAGCGUCAACUUAGAUGAUUAUUCUGUGGUGCCACUAGAUGAGGGGCAGUUGGAAGAACUUGUGAAGGACGACAAACAGGAGGAUGGCGACCUUUCCUCCUCUGAGGAGGACGACCUUAUGGAAGAAGCCGCUCCAAAUAGGAACACGCAGCCGCUUACGGUUCUCCCUCUGUUCUCUUUGCUUCCCUCAGAAAAACAAGCUAAGGUGUUUCAAUCCCCACCAGAAGGCACCCGGCUAUGUGUUGUCGCAACCAACGUUGGCGAAACUUCCUUGACCAUUCCGAAUGUUAAAUACGUCGUGGACACCGGCAAGGUGAAAAUGCGUGUCUACGACAAAGUGACCGGAAUAUCAGCUUUCAUCAUAUCCUGGGUUUCCAAAGCAUCCGCAGAUCAAAGGGCUGGCCGAGCAGGCAGAACGUGCCCUGGCCACUGCUACAGGUUGUACUCUUCAGCUGUGUUCAACGACGAAUUUCAGAAAUUCACACCACCUGAAAUAACUCGGAGGCCCGUCGAUGAUCUAGUCCUACAAAUGAAGGCGAUGAACAUUGACAAGGUUGUGAAUUUCCCCUACCCUUCACCGCCUGACAAAGAAGCCCUCAAGGCCGCCGAAAAGAAGCUUAUCCUGAUGGGGGCAUUGGAAGAGCUUCCCAAGCCGACACGUUUCAAGGAUCUGCCAAAGUGGGAGUGGAGUGCGCGAAUUACACCCCUGGGGCGUGCCAUGUCAUGCUUUCCUGUGAGCCCACGCUACGCCAAGAUGCUGGCCCUGUCACACCAACAUGGCCUGCUGCCCUACAUCAUCGCUGUCGUAGCUGCCAUGACUGUGCAGGAAGUGUUCAUUUCUAUGGGGUUCUCAUCUACAGAAGCCAACAAGCAGGAUAAGCAAGCAAAGUGGAAGAAAGUCCGAGAAAUGUGGGCAGGACAGGGUCACUCUCUAGCUCUUGGGGACGUCAUGGUGCUGCUGAAAGCAGUUGGCGCAUCUGAGUUUGUCGGCUGCACGCGGUUCUGCGAGAGCCACGGUCUGCGUUAUAAGGCGAUGGUGGAGAUCAGGAAACUUCGCAUCCAGCUCACAAAUGAGUUGAACCUCCUCAUUCCUAACCUGAACCUGUCAGUAGACCCAAACAUGGAGCCACCGACAGACCUACAGGCGAAACUGAUUCGUCAGGUUCUGGUCAUGGGCUUCAGUGACCACAUUGCCAAGAAAAUGACAGAUGAAGAGAGAUGCAGUGAGACGGAAAACGCCAUUGCAAAGAAUGCAUAUAAGAGCAUGGAAGUAGAUGGCCCUGUGUUCAUACAUCCUAACUCGGUGCUUAGCAGCAAGCAACCGCCAUUUGUCCUCUACCAGGAGAUAUUCGAGACAUCCAGGAUGUUCAUGCGAGUGGUUGCAGAGGUGGAACCCGAGUGGCUGCCGAUCUAUGCCCCAAAGUACUGCACAUUCUCAUCUCCUUUGGAAGACCCACCGCCUCGCUAUGACCGCAAAAAAGACAAGGUCCUGUGCUAUGUGACGUCGACAUUCGGGCCCCAUGCGUGGCAGAUGGAGGCUGCGGAACAAGAAUUCGGCGAAGGCCUUGACAAGUUCCGGUGGUUUGCACGUUUCCUGCUUCAAGGAGAUGUACUUCCCUUUUUCAAGAAGUACAGCAAGCUACUCUUGUCACCACCCAUCACCAUGAUCAAGAGUUGGGCACGGUUGCAGCCACGGACCGAACACCUACUGCAGACCCUGGUUUCCAGAUCCGCUGACUCGAGACAAAAGUUGUGCGACUUGUGGGAGAGCGAGCCAAAGUACUUGCUGACUGAAUACCUGGAGUGGAUACAAGAGAGCCUUCACAACGAAGUUGCACUAGCGUGGCCUCCAAAACCCAAGUGAACUUGCAAAUUUCCUACGCAUUGCAUGUACAUAGUGAAAUAAAGUUUUAAGUUAUUGCUUAAAA